AUGAGAUACACUCUCCUGCUCGCAGCCAGCGCUGCGCUGGCUCUUGCAGUGCCUCAAGGCCAUUCCAAGCGGGCGUCGUCCUUUGUUUGGUUUGGCACAAGUGAGUCCUGUGCGGAGUUUGGCAAUCAGAAUAUUCCGGGUGUAUUAGGCACCGACUAUACUUGGCCGGAUACUUCGACCAUAAAAACGCUAUACGAUGGGGGCAUGAACAUCUUUCGAGUGCCGUUCAUGAUGGAGCGGUUGGUUCCCGGUACAUUGACAUCAAGUCCGGAUGCAACUUAUCUGCAGAGUCUGAAGAGUACGGUGGAGUACAUUACGUCUAUUGGCGCGUAUGCUAUUGUUGACCCACAUAACUUUGGGCGAUACUAUGGCAACAUCAUCACCUCAACAAGUGACUUCGCUGCAUUUUGGACGACCGUGGCAACACAGUUUGCAUCGAAUGACAAGGUCAUCUUCGACACGAACAACGAAUUCAACUCGGAGGACCAAACUCUGGUUCUGAACCUCAACCAAGCAGCCAUUAACGCCAUUCGGGCUGCUGGAGCUACUUCGCAGUAUAUUUUCGUCGAAGGAAAUUCGUGGAGUGGUGCCUGGACGUGGACUUCCGUCAAUACUAAUUUAGUCAGUUUAACGGAUCCCCAGAACAAAAUUGUCUACGAGAUGCACCAGUAUCUCGACUCGGAUGGGUCUGGUACAUCCGAAACCUGCGUAAGCUCCACAAUUGGCCAGGAGCGUGUACAAUCGGCAACAGAGUGGCUACAAAGCAAUGGCAAACUUGGCUUCCUGGGCGAAUUCGCCGGUGGUGCUAACUCGGUAUGCCAGAGCGCUGUGACUGGAAUGCUGGACUACAUGGAAGAGAACAGUGACGUCUGGCUUGGAGCGUCCUGGUGGGCCGCAGGGCCAUGGUGGAGUACUUAUAUUUAUUCGAUGGAGCCGCCUUCAGGGACUGCUUAUACUUACUACUUUGAUAUCUUGUCUGCAUAUUUCCCUUCCAGCUCAGGAGGAUCAGGCAGUUCUACAAGCACAUCAAGCACAUCCACUACCACACGGUCUACAUCGACAACUACCAGCACAACUACUUCUAAAACAACCACAACUACCACUAAAACCACCACCAGCACAGGAUCUACUGCUACUGCAACGGCAGCCCACUGGGGGCAGUGCGGCGGCAUCGGCUGGACGGGAGCGACGACGUGUGCCAGCGGGUAUACCUGCCAGGUGCAGAAUGCGUACUACUCGCAGUGUCUGUAA